UCAAGGUCUGCUGAAAAUAUUUGAGGCUGUGAUGAAACAUAAAUUAUCCCCUACAUACCCCGCUAUCAUGGCUGGCUUUGACUUCUCAAUCAAUGUGGAUGAUACAGGUCUUAAAUUCAAAGUGAAUGGAUUCAACCAGAAGUUGCCUGAGCUGAUUGAUCUACUUUUGACAGCUGUUUUUGACUAUGCAUGCGAUGAUGAGUUGUUUCCAAUCAUGAGAUAUAAAGUGAAGAGGGAGAUUUUUAAUUCCAUCAUCAAACCAGCUGAGCUUGUCAGAAUCCUUCGAUUUUCUGUGAUAGACCCCCACUAUAGGCCCGUCCCUGAAAUAUACAGUGUAAUUGACAGUCUGACCAAUGAGGAUCUUCGACACUUCCUGACAGAGUUCAGACAGAGUAUAAAAGCUGACGUCCUAGUGGUGGGCAAUGUUACACCCAAGGUAAAGCUGAGGAAGAUGAGUUAA